AUGAGACAAGCCAGAGUAGACAGGUUUUUACAAUUGAGGCAGAAUGGCAGGAGCAUCAGAGAUUAUAGCCUUGAGUUUGACUCAUUGGCGAGACAUGCGCCAGCUAUUGUAGCUGACAUGGCUGAUAGAGUGCAUCGGUAUGUGAUGGGGCUGGAUCGUUAUUUGAUUGAUAACUGUAUGGCAAUGGCUUCUCAGCCAGGUAUGGAUAUUUCUCGGGUACAGGCAUAUGCACAGGGGGUAGAAGAUCGGCACAGAGGGCGUCAGCCCGAUAGAGAUCAUGAUAGAGGCCAGCGUAGUAGAUUCGAUAGCACAGGGUAUUCAGGAUCCGGUCAGAGCUCCAGGGUUUCAAGUUCACAGAUAAACAGGGGUUCGCGUCAGUCGAGACCACCUUUGCCUCGGUGUCCUCGUUGUGGUAGGUCACAUUUUGGAGAAUGUCGUUUUUCUACAGGUGCAUGCUUUACUUGCGGCCGUCAAGGCCAUAUUAUGAGGGAGUGUCCAUUUAGGGGUAAUUUAAGUGGUGCAGCUCAGUCUACUGGGUCAGUUGUUGGCUCAUCUUCUUCUGUAGCUAUGCGCCCUGUGGGGCAGGGUAUUCAGAUAACAGCAGGCCAUGGUAGAGGCCGUGGUGGAUCUUUCAGUUCUAGCGGUCCUUCGAACCGCAUAUAUGCCUUGGCUAGUAGACAGGACCAGAAGGCGUCGCCAAAUGUGGUUACAGGGAAAGCAAAUGUUGUAGCAGAUGCACUUAGCCGUAAAUCCAUGGGUAGCCUGGCAGAUGUACAACCAGAAUGA